ACUUCUAUGAUUUAGAUGGCAUCUGAAAGUACAAGAAAAGAUCUUGCAUGGAAAUAUGCACAUCAGUUAGAUCCUAAGAACCCAAAUCAAUUUAAGUGUAAUUUCUGUGGUAAAGUAUCUAAUGGAAAGGUUUAUAGAGUCAAACAACAUCUUGUUGGAGGUUCAAGGAAUGUCACAGCUUGUCAAAAAUGUCCACCUGAUGUAAGGGAAGAGAUAAAAGUGUAUAUGGGAAACAAGAAAACACAGAAAGAGCAAAUGAACUUGUUGCCUCAUUUUGAUGAAAUGAACAAUGAUUUUGAAGAGGGUGAAGAUGACAUUGCUUAUGACAUUCAUCGGCCUCAUGGACCAAGUGGUAAAUCAUUGGCAAGCAAUCAAAAUAGUUCUUUUGCUGGAUCAAAAAGGUUGAAAAAGAAGGGGCCCAUGGAUGUAUUCUACACACCCAAUCCUGAUUUUGUGGUGCAAAAUAGAAAAGGAAAACAAACAAUAAUUGAUCACAAUGAUCCUUAUAAGAAAGAAUUAAGAGACCGAGCAGUGAUAAGAAUCACAAUGUGGAUGUAUGAUGCAGGUAUAGCUUUUAAUGCAGUUAGUUAUGAUAGCUUUGGACCAAUGGUUGAAGCUAUUGGGCAGUAUGAUCCUGGUAUGAAACCUCCCAGUUUCCAUGAAGUGCGGGUUCCAUAUCUGAAGAAAGAGUUGAAUCAUACAAAUGAGUUGAUGAGGAUUCAUAAAGAGGAAUGGGUGAAAUAUGGGUGUUCCUUGAUGUCAGAUGGAUGGACUUCGCAGAAUGGGAGGACUUUGAUUAAUUUUUUAGUCAAUUGUCCUAGAGGAACUAUGUUUGUUGAGUCCAUCGAUGCUUCAAGCUAUUCAAAGGAUGGGCAAAAACUCUUCGAACUACUUGAUAAGUUUGUGGAUGAUGUUGGAGAAGUUAAUAUAGUCCUAAUUAUCACAGAUAGUGCCUCAGCUAAUGUGUUGGCUGGUAAGUUUUUGGAGGCAAAGAGACCACACCUUUUUUGGACACCAUGUGCGGCUCACUGCUUGGAUUUGAUACUGGAAGAUAUUUUCAAAUUGCCACAUAUGAAGAAGACAUUUGACAGGGCUAUUCAGGUACACGGUUAUAUUUAUAACCGUCCAGGUGUGUUGAAUAUGAUGAGGAUGUUUACACAGUUAAAGAAUUUGGUCAAGCCUGCAAAGACAAGAUUUGCAACAGCCUUUCUCACCCUAUCUAGAAUUCAUCAACAAAAAAACAACUAGAGAAAGAUGUUCACUUCGGA